GCAGCGCGUGUGGACACAUUCGCGGCUCCUCCUGGCCAAGUGCAGAUUUUGAGCCUCGCCGCCUGCCGUAGCAGUGACGAGCUGAGCUGAGCCGGGCCGGUGCCUGCAGCCGGCUGUCGGGACAUGGCCUCGAAGAUGAGGCACAGGGCGGGCGGCAGAGGCAGCAGGCAGUCCCCGGACGGGAGCGGCGGCCCGGCGGCGGACGGCGGCCGGGCUCCCAGGGAGGAGGGCAGUGCCGACGAGAAGAGUCAGGAGAGCAGGAAUGGCCUAUACCCAGACCAGUCUGCCUCCCCUUACCUUCAAUAUUUGCCCCUUUCCAGGCAAUCAGUGAAAGUCUGGGCACCAGAGGGAUCUACCGCCUUUAAGUGUCUCAUCUCGGCACGGUUCUGCGCAGCGUUACUCAGUAACAUUUCAGACUGCGAUGAAACGUUCAACUAUUGGGAACCAACCCAUUUCCUGCUGUACGGAACGGGAUUCCAGACCUGGGAAUAUUCUCCAGCGUACGCUGUUCGUUCUUAUGCUUAUCUGUGGCUUCAUGUUUUACCCGCCUGGUUCCAUGCAAGAGUCUUACAGACCAAUAAGGUCCUUGUCUUCUAUUUCUUACGAUGUCUUUUAGCCUUUUUCUGCUGUGUUUGCGAGCUGUAUUUUUACAAAGCUGUUUGCAAGAAGUUUGGACUCCAUGUAGGCCGUCUGAUGUUGGCAUUCUUGGUUUUGAGUACCGGAAUGUUCUGCUCAGCUGCUGCUUUCCUCCCCAGCAGUUUCUGUAUGUACACAACACUAAUUGCGAUGACUGGCUGGUUCACGGACAGGAGUGCUGUGGCUGUGUUGGGAGUGGCAGCUGGAGCCAUCAUGGGGUGGCCGUUCAGUGCUGCUCUUGGAUUGCCAAUAGCAUUUGACCUGCUGGUACUGAAGAGGAAGUUCCAGAGUUUUAUUACGUGGGCAGUCGUGGCUUUGUUGCUGUUUUUGCUCCCCCUUGUGGCAGUGGACAGCUAUUACUAUGGGAAGCUGGUGAUCGCCCCUCUGAGCAUCGUUCUGUACAAUGUUUUCACCCCACAUGGGCCGGACAUCUACGGGACAGAACCGUGGCCAUUUUACUUCAUCAAUGGGUGCCUGAAUUUCAAUGUUGUUUUUGUUUUAGCUCUUUGUGCUCUGCCUCUCACCACCCUCAUGGAAUUCCUGCUGCAACAAUUCAAUGUGCACAAUCUUGGCCGUCCUUAUUGGCUGACCCUUUCACCAAUGUACAUCUGGAUUCUGAUCUUCUUCACUCGACCACAUAAAGAAGAACGCUUCCUUUUUCCCAUCUACCCGCUCUUCUGCCUCUGUGGGGCAGUGGCCCUCUCUGCGUUACAGAAAUCUUACCAUUUCCUAUUCCAACGAUACCGCCCAGAACAUUAUACAGUCUCCUCUAAUUGGCUUGCUUUGGGCACAGUCACCCUGUUCGGAUUUCUGUCUUUAUCUCGCUCAGUGGCUUUAUUCAGAGGUUAUCAUGCACCACUUGACCUUUACCCAGAGUUCCACCGGAUUGCCACCGACCCAAGUAUUCAUACGGUGCCUGAGGGGAGACCAGUUAACGUUUGCGUUGGAAAGGAAUGGUAUCGCUUCCCCAGUAGCUUUCUCUUACCUGACAACUGGCAGCUUCAGUUCAUUGCUUCAGAAUUUCGAGGGCAGCUCCCAAAGCCCUUUGCCAAAGGACGAAGAGCAACUCGAAUUGAGCCAACGGAUAUGAACGACCAAAACCGUGAAGAACCAUCACGAUAUGUUGACAUCAGACAGUGCCAUUACUUAGUCGACCUUGACACUGAAUCGGAGACUCCACGAGAGCCAAGAUAUUCUGCAGAUAAAGACGACUGGAUGAUCGUAGCUUACAAACCAUUUUUAGAUGCCACGAGAUCAUCCAGGCUGUUCCGUGCUUUCUACAUUCCCUUCCUAUCCGAACAGCACACAACGUACUCAAACUACACCAUUCUGAAACCCAAGAGGCUGAAGACAGUGCGGAAGAAGACGGGAGGCUAGAACAAUGCACCUGGAAGGAAGGAAUUUCACCCAGAGACAGUGACAUCAGUGUCCUUUUGACUUGUCUGUGUACUGUAUCACCUCAGUCAGCUAACUGAUGUUUACAUUUCCUGCUUGUCCUGUGAUAAUGUAAUUCCAUUGUGCAUACCAAUCCUCCCCAUCUGUUUGCUGAGAAUUGUAUUGAUUUGAGCAAGACUCGGAGCCACCUGCUAUCGCCCACAAUGAAUAGUGAAGGUACAUUCCACAUACCACUAGACAAAAUACGUGUCUGUCCACCCCCCCUUCCCCAUGGUCUAGCAAGCUUCUCUCCUUCCCAGUUCUGACAAAGGGUCUUCAGCCUGAAACACCAAGCAUUUCUCAUCCCAUAGGUCGGUUUCACCAGCAGAGGAUCUCUGGCGUUUUCUGUUUCUAUUCUCGAUUUGCAGUAUUUGCAGUUCUUUUGAUUUUUAUCUGUGUGUCUGUUGUCCGUUGGAGUGAUGACUGUCAUCUGCUUCUGGCCAGAGCAGCGGCUGGAGCUGUUCUGAAUCAUCCUUCACUUCGGCACCUUCAAGAGGCUCUUUGUGAUCUGGACAGUGUUUAUUUUUUUGCCGCGUGAUCACAUUUCCUUUAUAGCCCAAUGAUAAAAGAUAAACUGGAAUGUAAAUAAAAUUAUAUUGCACCCCA